CAGCCGUGAAUGUGUACCUAGUGUGUAUUGAAAGGGUCAGUAUUACCUUCAGGUCCUGGAUGGUGAGCCAUCUUUCCAGACAGAUUUGCAUUUUAUAUGAUCCUGUUCAUAAAUUGGCAGAGAUCAUCAUGGUUUUGUGAAGUCUUAGUCAAUCUGGCAGAGAUUUACGCGGUUGUCAAACCAUGUAUCAACUCUUAAAAGGCUGUUCUUUCGAAAAAACACUCAUUCGGAAUAUAGUCAAGAGGAAAUUACAUGGAAUGAUUAGCACUAUGAAUACCUGAGCAAAUAAAUUAAAGAUUUAGAAUUUUUGCACUUCCAGAGUAGUGAGUCGUGAACUGUAAUAGAAAGACUACUUCAUAAGAACAGUUUAUCUCUAUGAAAAAAUAAAUGCAACGACUGCUAUUAGAAUAUGAUUGCACUUAACAAAAUAUCGCGCGGCCUAGGCUAUAUAAACACUCAAGCAAAAUCAAAAGAUGACCCGUUGAAGAAGUGUGUCAGAAGUUGAAGCACCUGCGUUAGUCAGUGAUCACUCAAGAGUGCUCUCUUUUAAAUAUUUGCACUGUUUUGGAGGGGUGUUAUGUUUAAACGUUCUCACUAUUUCACUAAUUAUUUUACAUUAAUUGCACAAAAAUCAUGGGCAACACUCAUCGGCGACGUCUGUCUGCGAGUGAGGUGAAGAACGAAUCGGAGCUUUUAAACAAGGUCGACGGUGUUUGCUCUUUGUUGAACCAGCUGAACACCGAAGACAAGUUUUUGCUCUACAGUCACAAGGCCGAGGAGACUUAUUUGGCGCAUGCUACAAACAUUUCAGAUGAGGUAAACGAGGGUUUGAGUUCGGUUAACAUCAGGCCCAAGAGUCGUCGCCUGGUUAAUUUAAAAGAAUGGGAGGAUUCGCUGGAUUGUGACGGAGGCUUUUUGCGAUGGUACAAAGAAAUUACAUCUGGUCAGAUGACUGAUCUGGAGGUGUUCCUUAAAGCGCAGGAGGAGGAGAAGCAACAGCUGGAAACCUGCUUGGCUUUUCUGAAGGGCAAGCAUGUGAGCGAACUGGCAGAUUCACAUGCUGAAAUAAAUGCCCUCAGACAGGAGAAUGAGCAUCUGACGACUGCCUUGUUGAAGGCGCAGGCCGAGGUCACCCGCAUACAGACCCAGCUGGACAAGCUCAAGCAGGAGUUCAUGGCACAGGAGAACGCUGAGAUUAAAGAAAGAGUGUCUCCAAAUCCUCUGACUGGACAGAUCAUGGGUAUGAGAUCACCCCUAGGAGUGAUGUCUCGGGUGGAGAAUAUCCCCAUGGGUCUUUGGUCUAACUGUAGAAUGUCAUCAAAGAGACGUGAUAACAUCCCUGGAAGUAUGAUGCCCACCCGAAAACGGAUUUUGAUCUUAUUCAGUGGCCUGUCAGAUAGCGAGUCUGUGCUGGAUGUUAACGAGAGCGACAGAGAUUUCACCCAGGAAUCCGACGAGGACACAACAGACCCGCAGACUACCUCGGAGGGCCUCAGUGUUGAAUCUUCCUGUAGCAGUUCAGGUCUGCUGUGCCAACGUAAACCGCUACACAGUGAUCUAAUCCAGCCAGCAGGUGUGUUGUUGAGUGGGGAGGAGAAGAGUGGGCCCAUGUACCGGUUGGUCCUGGCAGGAGAUGUGGGCUCUGGGAAGUCCAGCUUUCUACUACGCCUCAGCCAACAUCAGUUCAAAGAGGACAUGCAGUCCACCGUGGGAGUUGACUGCAAGAUGAAACGUAUGCUUGUGGAUGGAAAGAGGAUGGCUUUGCAGAUAUGGGAUACUGCAGGCCAUGAAAGGUUUCAUAGUAUUUCUGGAUCCUACUUCCGGAAGGCCCAUGGAAUUCUACUGCUGUAUGACAUCACCUCUGAACAGAGCUUCCUCAACAUCCCUCAGUGGUUAGAGCAGAUUGAGGCUUACACAGGUACCUCUGUGCCCAUCUGUCUGGUGGGGAACAAGGUAGACCUGCGAGGUGGAGUGCCGGACAAUCUGUGUGUGAGCUCGGCCUGUGGGAUGCGUCUGGCUACGAAUAUCAGUCAGGGCAGCGCAUGUGCAGGGGAAAAAGUAAUGCAAAAGAGUAAUGUUUUUGGUAUGCUUCAGACAAGCGGAGCCCUCUUCUUUGAGACCAGUGCCAAAGAUGGAACCAGUGUCGUGGAGGCUGUGUUGCACCUAGCAAGGGAGGUGAAGAAGGUGGAUGUGCCCAUUAACUCCACUCUGCAGCUGACCAGCGUUGGGGACAGAGAUUCUACUGCAGGCAACUGCUGCUGGGCCUAGGCCUGACCUCACCAUACAGGACAUGCUUCAGCCUAGGCUCAGCCACUUACACAGCACACCUGUAGAAAUGUACACAUCGUUGGUGUUUUUUUCUCUUUUUAACGUAGGUUGUCUUGUUCUAAGGCCCAGCCACUUACACAGCACAAAAGCACACUUGUAGAAAUGUACACAUUGUUGGUGAUUUUUGUUGUUGUUUUUAAAACAAAUGUAGGUUGUCUUCUAAUAAUGCCUCAAAUUGUCUAAUAAACUGCUGAUCUAUGCAUUUUUUUUUCAUAUUCAAAUGUGUCAAAGCAGCAGGCAACCUAUAAUCAGAUAAUCUAGAUUAUCCAUGCUACACUGGAGAGGUUAAAAUGACAGUUAAACAAUCAAGUGGACAGUGAGAUCUGCAUUUAAAAAGCCUAUACUUUAUUUGACUGGAUACAUAUUGAUACAAAAAAGAAAACUGCACUGUGGAUCCAGUUUUCCUUGUUAAGAUUUGCCACCAGUAUUUUGUUCAAAGGAUCCACUGGCAGAUGUAGAUGACUGAUAAACGAAGCAAAAAGGAAACAAAAGAAAAAGGAA